CUCUCUCUCUCUCUCUCUCUCUCUCUCUCUCACGCAGAGAAAAAGUCAUAGCAUCAGUGAGGGUUUGAUCAGAGCAUUGGCCGGAAGUGGUCAGCUUUCUUCACUCCGUCCAUGGUUGCCAGGCGUGGCGACCCCUUCAGGGGUCGUCUAAGGCCAAUGGCCUUCACAUUGGCCAUUGUUCUCUUGUCCACCACUCUCAACUUGGUGGCUGCUGAUGGUUAUCCUUACUACUCUCCUCCACCACCUGCUGAGCACUAUGAGUACAAGUCUCCUCCCCCUCCUUCACCGUCACCACCUCCACCCUAUGAGUACAAGUCUCCACCACCACCUGUCAAGGCUCCUGCUCCAAAGUAUGAGUACAAUUCUCCACCACCACCAUAUGAGCACAAGGCUCCUCCUUAUGAAUACAAGUCACCACCCCCACCCUCACCAUUUCCACCACCACCAUAUGAGUACAAGUCUCCACCACCACCUAUCAAGGCUCCUGCUCCAAAGUAUGAGUACAAUUCUCCACCACCACCAUAUGAGCACAAGGCUCCUCCUUAUGAAUACAAGUCACCACCCCCACCCUCACCAUCUCCACCACCACCAUAUGAGUACAAGUCUCCACCCCCACCUAUCAAGGCGCCUGCUCCGAAGUAUGAGUAUAGUUCUCCCCCACCACCAUAUGAGCACAAGGCUCCUCCUUAUGAGUACAAGUCUCCACCUCCUCCUUCAACAUCUCCACCACCACCAUAUGAGUACAAGUCUCCACCCCCACCAGUAAAGGCUCCUGCUCCAAAAUAUGAGUACAAGUCUCCUCCUCCACCAUAUGAGCACAAGGCUCCUCCUUAUGAGUACAAUUCUCCUCCCCCACCUUCACCAUCUCCUCCACCACCAUAUGAGUACAAGUCUCCUCCUCCACCACCAUAUGAGUAUAAGUCUCCUCCUCCACCAUCUCCAAAGCCUUAUUACUACAAAUCUCCUCCACCUCCAUCGCCCACACCACCACCACCUUAUUAUUACCAUUCUCCACCUCCUCCGAUCAAGUCUCCAACACCAAAGCCUUACUAUUACAAAUCCCCACCACCACCUUCACCAUCUUUUCCUCCACCUUACUACUACAAGUCUCCUCCUCCUCCCUCACCAUCACCACCUCCACCAUACUACUACCAUUCUCCACCACCACCAGUGAAAUCUCCAACACCAAAGCCGUAUUAUUAUAAAUCUCCACCACCUCCUUCACCAAAGCCUUACUACUAUCAGUCCCCACCUCCUCCAUCAUCAUCUCCACCACCACCAUACUACUACAAGUCCCCUCCUCCUCCAUCUCCUAAACCUCACCCACCAUACUAUUACAACUCUCCUCCACCACCAGUGAAGUCUCCAGCGCCAAAGCCAUACUAUUAUAAGUCUCCACCACCACCAUCACCAAAGCCUUACUACUACCAUUCCCCACCGCCUCCUUCACCAUCUCCAUCCCCACCAUACUACUACAAGUCCCCUCCUCCUCCAUCUCCUAAACCCCACCCACCAUACUACUACAACUCUCCACCGCCACCAGUGAAGUCUCCAGCACCAAAGCCUUACUACUAUAAGUCUCCACCACCACCAUCACCAAAGCCUUACUACUACCAGUCCCCACCACCAUCACCAUCUCCUAAACCCCACCCACCUUACUACUACAACUCUCCACCACCACCAGUGAAGUCUCCAGCACCAAAACCUUACUACUACCAGUCUCCACCACCACCAUCACCCAAGCCUUACUACUACCAGUCCCCACCGCCUCCAUCACCAAAGCCUUACUAUUACCAAUCUCCACCACCUCCAUCACCAUCUCCUAAACCCCACCCACCUUACUAUUACAACUCUCCACCGCCACCAGUAAAGUCUCCAGCACCAAAACCUUACUACUACCAGUCUCCACCACCACCAUCACCCAAGCCUUACUACUACCAGUCCCCACCGCCUCCAUCACCAAAGCCUUACUACUACCAGUCCCCACCACCUCCAUCACCAUCUCCUAAACCCCACCCACCUUACUACUACAACUCUCCACCACCACCAAUGAAGUCUCCAACACCAACACCUUAUUAUUACAAAUCUCCACCACCACCUUCACCAAAGCCGUACUACUACCACUCUCCACCACCUCCAUCACCAAAACCUUACUACUACAAUUCUCCUCCUCCACCUGCUAUCUACCCUCCACACCCCUACCCCCACCCCCACCCUCACCCUUACCCCCACCCCCACCCCCACCCUCACCCAUUGAUUGUCAAGGUUAUUGGUAAAGUUUACGUCUACAAGUGCUAUAAUGUGGAGUAUCCAGAGAAGUCUCACAACAAGAAACACCUUAAAGGUGCUGUUGUGGAAGUAGUAUGUCAAGCUGGAAAGAAGACCAUCAAGAGCUAUGGUAAAACCAAGAUCAAUGGAAAAUACAGUAUCACCGUUGAGGGCUUUGACUAUGCCAAAUACGGUGCCACUAUUUGCAAGGCUCACCUUCAUGCCCCUCCUAAGGACUCACCCUACAACUUUCCCACAAAGUUAAAUGAAGGAACUGCUUUAAAGGUGUACUCCAAGAACAAGUAUGAAGUUGUGCUCAAGGCUAAGCCUUUUGCAUAUGCUUCCAAGAACCCUCAUGAUCAGGAGUGCCCCAAGCCUAAGCCUACUCCUGCACCAUACUAUUACACAAGCCCUCCUCCUCCUUCACCUGAGUAUAAGCCACCUUACUACUACAAAUCGCCUCCACCACCAUCACCAAAGCCUUACUACCCACCGUACUACUACAAGAGCCCUCCUCCACCUUCGCCCGAGUAUAAGCCACCAUAUUACUACAAGUCUCCUCCACCACCUUCACCAAAGCCUUAUUACCCACCGUACUACUAUAAGAGCCCUCCUCCACCACCUUCACCUGAGUAUAAGCCACCCUACUACUACAAGUCUCCUCCACCACCUUCACCAAAGCCUUACUACCCACCAUACUACUAUAAGAGCCCUCCUCCACCUUCACCUGAGUAUAAGCCACCUUACUACUACAAGUCUCCCCCACCACCAUCCCCAUCUCCUCCACCACCGUAUUACUACAAGAGCCCUCCUCCACCUUCACCCGAAUAUAAGCCACCAUACUACUACAAGUCUCCCCCGCCACCAUCCCCAUCUCCUCCACCCUACUACUACAAGAGCCCUCCUCCACCUUCACCCGAAUAUAAGCCACCAUACUACUACAAGUCUCCCCCGCCACCAUCCCCAUCUCCUCCACCCUACUACUACAAGAGCCCUCCUCCACCUUCACCUGAAUAUAAGCCACCAUACUACUAUAAGUCUCCCCCGCCACCAUCCCCAUCUCCUCCACCCUACUACUAUAAGAGCCCUCCUCCACCUUCACCCGAAUAUAAGCCACCAUAUUACUACAAGUCUCCACCACCCCCAUCACCAUCUCCACCACCUCCUUACUACUACAAGAGCCCUCCUCCACCAUCACCCGAGUAUAAACCACCCUACUACUAUAAAUCUCCACCCCCACCAUCCCCAUCUCCACCCCCACCUUACUACUACGAGUCUCCACCCCCACCAAUAAAAGCUCCAGCUCCUAAACCUUACUAUUACAAAUCUCCACCACCACCAUCCCCAUCUCCACCACCACCUUACUACUACAAGUCUCCACCCCCACCGAUUGAGGCUCCAGCUCCUAAACCAUACUACUACCAUUCUCCCCCACCUCCUUACUACUACAAGUCUCCACCUUCACCAGUCGAGGCUCCAGCUCCAAAACCAUACUACUAUCAUUCUCCACCACCUCCUUCACCAUCCCCGGUACCUCCUUACUACUACAAAUCCCCUCCCCCACCAUCCCCGUCUCCACCACCAGUCUACAUCUAUGCUUCCCCACCACCUCCAGUUUAUUAAGCUUGGAAUGCAAUAGAAAAUCCCAAUAUAAAUCAUGUUUUUCUAGUUUUCGUCGUCAAAUAAAGGCAGGCUCCACUUCGAGCAGAGUUCAAGAUCUAGCUUCCAGUUUAAGUUCUUUGAAUAAGAGUCUGAAUAUAUUAUCACCGAGCUACAAUCUCCAUGAUUCAGACAGUGUUGCUUCUAUUUCUUUGGUGGCCAUCCUGAACGUCAUGUGCUUAUUGUGUUCAAGUGACAAACAAGGCAGAAAUAGGAAGCGAGAUUAAUUUAAAAUGUAUAUGCCAUUUGAAAGUGACGAGUACAAUCUGCAUUAGUGAUCUCCUUUAAUUAUUUAUGUAUAGAGUUAAUGUGGCCGUGUAUGAUUGGAAUUUUAUUUAUUGUGUCAUUUUUGAAUUUGAUCCUGCUGUGUUGUUUGUAACAAUGGGCAUAGUAAUAAUGGAAUUCAUUUUUCUUCCC